UCAGCGCGUGAAAGGUUCUUCUCUUCUUCCUCAGUGUUGGAUAACAAGAGGAACCCCUAGCGGCUAGCGGUGGCCGAGUGUCAACGGAUCUAACCGGAGUGCUCGAGAAAUAUCCCACCAAAAGCAAUUGUCUCCAUGGGAUGCUUUUUGUUGGUUUUGCGGAAAAAGAAUUGAAACUUUCACCUUCUCUACGAGGCUCCUCCCUGUUUGUCCGAUCGCUGAUUUUUAGGGCUUCUGCUGCUUGAGCCCGUUGCACCCAUGGCGACUCUGUUGAACACGGUCUCUUCCAUGGCGGCCAAUCCAUUUCCGGAGACAGCGAGAAAGCCCAUAGGGGUUAUCGCCCAUAUCCCGACAAGUUUCCUCCAUUUCUCGCUCAACAAGGGUUUCUCCAGGGUUUUGGCUUCGACCCAGAUCACGUUAUCCACCAAAGACUCCGCCUUUACCUUACCCGACUGGAAACCGGGUCCGGGUUCGUAUUCAGAUGACCUGAGAAGCAAAGAGCCCAGGUUGAAUGAUGCGUUCUCUCAGCUCGAAUGUAUGGUCAUGGAAGGGCAUAAACCCAAUGUUGUCCAAGCCACUCAGCUCUUGUAUGAUCUGUGCAAAGCCAAUAGGCUGAAGAAAGCGAUUCGGGUUAUCGAGCUUAUGGUUAGCUCCGGAAUCAUACCCGAUGCAGCAGCUUACACUUAUCUCGUCAAUCUGUUGUGCAAGAAAGGGAAUGUUGGCCACGCGAUGCAGCUCGUUGAGAAAAUGGAGGAUCAUGGUUAUCCAACGAACACCGUCACUUACAAUUCCCUCGUUCGAGGUCUUUGCAUGCUUGGGAACUUGAGUCAAAGCUUGCAGUUUGUUGAGAGGUUAAUGCAGAAGGGUCUUGUCCCCAAUGCCUUUACCUAUUCCUUCUUGCUCGAGGCUGCGUAUAAAGAACGAGGAGCGGAUGAGGCCGUGAAGCUCUUGGAUGAGAUCAUUGCGAAAGGUGGAGAGCCGAAUCUGGUGAGUUAUAACGUUCUGCUGACCGGUUUUUGCAAAGAAGGGAGAUUAGAUGAUGCAAUGACACUGUUUAGGGACCUGCCGGCAAAAGGGUUUGAGCCAAAUGUCGUGAGUUAUAACAUCUUGUUAAGGAGUUUGUGCUGCCAAGGUCGGUGGGAGGAGGCGAACUCGCUCUUGGCUGAGAUGGACUGUGGAGAUCGAACUCCAUCUUCAGUGACCUACAACAUAUUAAUCAACUCGCUUGCUUUCCAUGGAAGAACAGAGCAGGCCAUGGAGGUUUUGGAUGAAAUGAUGAAGGGGCAUCAGUUCAAGGUGACUGCCACAAGCUAUAACCCGGUAAUUGCCCGUCUCUGUACCGAAGGGAAGGUUGAUCUUGUGGUGAAAUGCCUAGACGAGAUGAUAUACCGACGUUGCAAGCCUAAUGAAGGAACAUACAAUGCCAUUGCCGCACUCUGCGAGCAGAACAAGGUGCAGGAAGCAUUUUACAUAAUACAGAGCUUGGGGAACAAGCAGAAAUCCAACACACAGGAUUUCUACAAAAGUAUAAUCUCAAUCUUGUGCAGGAAAGGGAAUACAUACUCGGCUUUUCAGCUCUUGUACGAGAUGACUAAGUACGGGUUUGAACCAGACUCCCACACUUAUUCGGCUCUGAUCAGAGGUUUGUGUAUGGAAGGGAUGUUUAACGAGGCAAUGUCGGUUUUGGUGAUUAUGGAGGAGAAUGAGCACUACAAGCCAACGGUGGACAAUUUUAACGCAUUGAUACUCGGGUUUUGCAAGUCUAGUAGGACGGAUUUGGCAUUGGAGGUGUUCGAGACGAUGAUUGAGAAAGGGCGAAUGCCCAACGAGACAACAUAUGCAAUAAUCGUGGAGAGCAUAGCCCACGAGGACGAACUCGAACUGGCGAAAGAGGUUCUGGAAGAGUUGAGGUCUCGGAGAGUGCUUGGUCAGAAUGCAGUGGAUAGGCUUGUGAUGCAGUUUAACUUAGAUUGAUUGAUACGAAUCCAUGCAGAUUUUGAUAUAUUUCAUGGAUUUCCAUUUUUCUGUCAUUUGACAAAGAGAUCAAUGUCUAUGUAAGGUUAUGAGAUUUCAUUUUUUAUAUA